GUCAGCUUACGGGCUUAUCGAUCGUAAUUUUGAAAAAAUUCAUGAUUGCAAAGAUUAUGUUUUUUCAAAUUAUGGAAUUAAUAAAAAUGAAGUUGCUAGUUGCAAAUUAGUAAAUGUCAUUUUAUCAAAAAAUAAUGAUAAUUAUAAUUUAGCUAUUAAAAAAAAAUUAUCACUCGAUAAUCUCUAUACAUUUAAUUCAAUCCUAAUUAAUGAUAAUUAUCUUGAUAUGCCAUCAAUAAUUGGACAAAAUUUUAAAAUUUUCAAUUCAAUUUACCAUGUUUUUGAUUACAUGAAACGUAUAGAAGAUACUAAUACAGGACAGAAAUUGAAAGAAUUAAAGUCAUACUAUAAUUUCGAUAUCAAUACAUCGUUAUUAAUUAAUUUUGGUCCUGAAUUUUCUAUUAAUGGUAUUAUCGAUAAUAAAUAUAUGAUACGUCACAUGGAAGAUGUCAAAGAAAAUGAUUGUUCCUUAUUAAAUUAUUUUUCCAAUGAAACUUAUCGUAAUCAUUUAUUAAUUGAAUUUACAGAUUCAUUUGAAUCUUUAAAUAGUUAUUUAAAUCCACUGAAAUUUUCAAUUAAAAAUUAUAAUUUCCCCAAUCACAAUUAUAAUAACAAUAUUGAGGUUGAUAUAUUAACUGAUAAUGAACAAUCUCUACCAAAUGAAAUCAUUACAAUAAAUAUGUUAAUUUAUUGGAAUGCUGUAUCAAUGAUAUUUUUGAAUCCAGAUUAUUGUAAAUUUUUAAAUAUACCACGAAAAUAUAUAAAAAUAAAUAACGUCGAUAUUCCAAAGGAUAAACAAUUUGGUCUACCAGUUAAAAAGAAAAGAAACGGAAUAUAUUUUAAAAAAGAUGUUGAUACUUCUUUGAAAGAAUUUUGGAAAAAUGAAAUUACUUUUUCAUCUGAUUUUCAAAUUGCAAUGACGAGUUCACCAAUUUGUAGUUAUGAAGAAGUUCAAUCGGAAAAAAAAUUAUAUUUUUUUUGUGAUAUAACACCAUAUUAUUUGAAUACAUUUGAUAAUGAUGAUGAUGAUGAUGAUGAUGAUGAUAACCCUAAUGCAAUGGUUCUAAAGUAUAACCCAACGUUAUUAAAUUAUUUCAAUGGGGUGAAUGGUUUAUUACACAUGAUUGAUCAAUCAAAUGAUACAUCUAUUAUUGUCGGAGGACGUAAAAUUGAUAAUAAUAAUGAUAGUAAUGAUAACAAUAAUGAACAUGAACGUUUUGUUGAGCUAUGGGCUGAAUUUUUCAAAAAAUCUUUAAUUAUUAAGUCUUACGUCCAUGCACUUGCGGAAAAAUAUGGAACUGCUGACAAGGACUCUGAAGAAUUCUGGGUCUGGAAUGAAAUCACGAAGGAAAUUGAAAAGUUUGAAAAUUUUCUCCGAGAAGUAGAUUCAGCUGACAUCAAUAAUAAUUAUGAUGCCAUAAAUAAAAGAGAGUGGGAGGAAUUUAUAAACAGUAUCGACGAAUUUUUAGUUAACUUGAACAAAAUGGUGGCUGUCGCAUACGAAAUGACGGCUUGAAUUAUUUCGAAAGAAACUUUCAAAUUUUUCCUUAUACCCUGCGCCAUCUGUUAACCCGAGUCUCAAUCUUCCUGCUACUCCCCGCCGAUAAAACUUUCAAGUCCGUCAUUCAGAUAACUUGGUCGACUUGUGCUGCCACCACUUUUAAAAGCUCCACUCCUUUUUUAUCAUUUUCUUUACGUUUUUUAACUCUAGCGUCCAAACUACUGCACCUACGUAAUUUUCACCUCAGACAUUUUUUGUAGGAAAUUAAAUUUCCUAUAAAAUUUUCCUGAACGUUUAUUUUCUAUCUUUCAUAUUUUAUCCGCAAUAUAAAUUUUAAAAUAUAUAAAAUUUUCGCGGUCUAUUUAAACUCCAAUUAAAAAACGCUAGUGCGUAAAAUUAAAAUUCCAAUGAAAGUAUUGGUUUUACGGAAAUUUUUAAAGAAUCCUUUUUUGUAGAAAAUUGAAUUUCCUACAAUUUUUAUUCUACACAUUUUUCUCUAAACUCAACCCUUCACCUAAUCAUGGCUGUCUAUAACUCCGAGUACUUUUUUUAAAAAUUUCUUCAGCAGUCGCAAGUUCUUUUAUUUAAUUUAUAUAAAUUUAACCCUGCGGAUUUCCUCAGUCAUAUAUGUAUCAUAUAUAUGUAUAUAAUAUAUACUGUGUACCCAAGUUUAUGACAGAGAUCUGAUGUUAGACAUGAGAAGCAUAAAAAUUUAUUUCUCUCAAUACCUUGAUACGUGUUUCGGGUAAUAAAUCACUUCCUCCCUUUCUCUCGCUUCCUCACCUUUUUACACACCCUCUUGGCCUUAAGAAGUAUAUAAAAAACUCUAUCAAUGCUUUGAUUUAAAUAAUAAAUUUUUAUUUCUAUUCAAAAAAAUUUUUUUUGCAUAAAAAUUUCAUACAUUUGUCUACUGGCUACUAAAACUCAUUAUUACGGCCGUUAUAUCAAAGUUACAGUAAAAAUAUAUAAGACCAAACUUGUAGGAAAUUUAAUUUCCUACAAAAAAGUACUGAUAUAUUUUUUUCAUAUCUCUGAUGGUUUUGUCAGAAUUUUAAUUUUAAAGUUCAAAAAUUAAAAAAAAAAAUUUUUUUUUCCACUUUUUAUAACUUUUGACACUUGGAAUUUAUAUUACGGCUAAAAUAUCAGAGAUACGACAAAAAUAUAUCAGACAAAAGUUGUAGGAAAUUAAAUUUCCUAUAAAAAAGUAUUGAUUAUAUUUUGUCAUAAACUUGAUAGUUUAAGAGUUUUAUAUAUAUUUAUGAAUAAGAUCUUAAUUAAUCGAUUAUGUCUACAUAAAAAAAAAAAAUAAUGAUUAUUUUAUAAAUGUUGAGAAUGAAUAAUGCAAUAAUAAUUAUAUAGGAACAUGUUAUUGAAUAUAGAAGUAGAGAUUACAAUCUAAAUUAUAAUGAUAAUGAUAAUCUAUAGAUGUCACGCGAUCUCUUUACGAGAUAGUUACCUACGACAUUACACACGAUAUGUCAUAUUUAUUUAUUUUAUUAUAUAUUAUUAUUAUUGCUUAUGAGUAUUAUAGACAUAUAUGUUACAAAGUAAUUUAUUUCACCAUAUUAUGUCGAGAUAUAUAAAAAAAAAAGGACAAGAAAAAAAACUACUAUUUUAAAAUUUUCCGCGGGCGGAAGUUUGAAGGUCUGUAGUUGAUGAACUAUCAAAGAUAUCAAUUCGCGGAUAAGGACCUUUUUUGUAGAGCAUUCAAUUUCCGAUGGAAAUACGUCAUGAGCGAUUUUUUAAAAAAUUUAUUUGAAGAAUAAUUUAUGAAAAAGUAUAACAAACAUUUUAUUUUGAUAUAUUUUGAGCUAAUAUAUAUGUCUAUAUAUAUGUAAAUAUAUAUUUAUGUGUUGUAAUUUGAUAGAAAAUUACAUGACCUUUAAAAUGAGUACCAACAUGCCAUAUUUAUUUUUUAUAUUUUUCAAAAUUUAUAUCAGAGUAUAUUCAGAAAAAUAUAUAUAUGACAAUAUAUAUAUUUAUAUAUAAUUGUUGAACGGGAAAUUUAAUUCUCUUUUGAUAGAGUACCAACAAGCCAUAUUUAUUUUUCAUGUAUUGUAAAAUAUAUAUAAAUAUUUAUAUAUAUAUAUAUAUAAAAUUUAUCAAAUAUAUAUGUCAUGUGGGUACUCUAUCAAAAGCGCAUUCAAUUCUCUAUCUUAUGACGCACCAAUAAAUGCAUAAGGACUGAAAAAAAAAAUAGUAGUUGAUAAUAAAUGAAAGGAAUAUUGUGGUCUUUAAUGGAAAUAUAAAUUCUAUACACAAAUAUCACUAUCGUAUAUCAAGACCAUAUAUAUAUAUAUAUAAAUGUGUGGAUAUGUAUAUGGGUAUGAAGUUUAUCUGUACACAAAAUAACUAUUGUAAUGACAAUAUUAUGUAAAUCUAGGCAGUAUGAAACAUUAAACAUCGGUAUCGUAAGCCACAAUAUUAACCUGUUCUCUAUUCGAUUGGAUUAAAUUCUGAUAGCGUUAUUUAUUUUUAGUUUUAACUUUUUAGUCACCUCGACGGCUCUAUGAAAGGCGAGUAGAUAAUUCUUAAUUAAAUAUUUAUACGAAAAUUCCAUAAAACCAUUUAAUUCAUUCAAUUUUUUAUCUCAUGGCCAAACCAUAUUUGUAUAUAAACUUUGAAUGCAAUUAAUUACCAAACUAUCAAAGAUUUGAGAAAAUUUAUAAAGAGCAAUUUUGUAGAAAAUUUUAUGAUCUACAAAAAAGGUAUCUAUAAAUUUUUUCGUAAAGUCAAUAGUUUCGUAGAUAUUUUAAUUUUAAUCACAUAAUUAAUUUUUACUACGCGGUAACAAUUUUUUAACUUUUCAAACUUUGAAUUUUGAUACUGACCAAAAUAUCAAAGAUAUGAAAAAAUGUAUAGAGAGCAAUUUUGUAGAAAAUUUUAUAAUCUACAAAACAGCUGUCUAUAAAUUUUUUCGUAAAGUCAAUAGUUUCGUAGAUAAUUUAAUUUUCAUUACAUAAUUAAUUUUUACUACGCGGUAACAAUUUUUUAAUUUUUCAAACUUUGAAUUUUGAUACUGACCAAAAUAUCACAGAUAUGAAAAAAUUUACAGAGAGCAAUUUUGUAGGAAAUUUUAUAAUCUACAAAACAGCUAUCUAUAAAUUUUUUCGUAAAGUCAAUAGUUUCGUAGAUAAUUUAAUUUUAAUCACAUAAUUAUUUUUUACCACGGGAUUCGAACUCCGGACUUUGGAGUCGCGUAAGAAAUUUUCGCGGCAAAAUUUUUUUUGACUUCUUUUAAUUAUUUCUUAUUGUUUCUAAAAUACAAUUAAUAAAUUUUAUUGGACAAA